AUGGUCGCUGUUACCUCUAAACCCAAAAUUCUCGGUAUUGGUUAUCCCAAAUAUGCCAUAGCUGAGUUCAAAGCUCUUCAGGAGAAAUACGAUAUUCACUAUUUCGUUCCGAGUGAUCGUAAACAGGUCAUAGGAGAGGUCAAGAGACUCUGUGAUGAAGAGGGACCAUUCGAUGGAGGAUACGUGUUAUUCCAAACAUCAGCUUAUAGUCCCUUCAAACGUGAUAUGCUUGCACCACUCUUGACCACCGGAACUUGUGGUAUCUGGGCUCAAGGUGGAGCAGGAUAUGAUGAUGUAGAAGUUGACUUUAUAACUGAUAAUAAUUCGUGGUUCACCAACACACCAUAUGCAGUGACGAACGCUACUGCCGACAUGGGUGCUUUCCUCACUCUGGCCGCUCUGCGUGGAGUAUACGAAGGUGAAAGCAAUGUACGUGCAGGUAAAUGGAGGAAUGGAAUGGCUUUGACAACCGAUCCAAACGGAUUAAAACUUGGUAUCGUCGGAAUGGGUGCUAUUGGAAAAUCAAUGGCAGUGAAAUUACAAGUAUUCGGCAUGAAAGUGUACUACUACAACCGAAAACAAUUAUCGCCUGAAGAAGAGAAAGCACUCGGAGUGACUUAUUCGACCUUUGAGGACCUCAUUACUACUUCAGACGUUAUCAGCUUGAACUGUCCGUUGACUCCUGAAACCCGACAUUUGAUCGGCGAAAAAGAAUUUGCAAAGAUGAAGGAUGGUGUAUUCAUCGUCAAUACUGCGAGAGGUGCUGUCAUUGAUGAAUCAGCUCUGGUCGAAGCACUGAAAUCUGGUAAAGUUUCCAGAGCCGGAUUGGACGUCUUUGAAGAAGAACCUAAAAUCAACCCGUACUUGUUGACUUGUAAUCGAGUAACAUUACAGCCUCAUCUCGGUGCAAUGUCAACAGGUACAAUACAUACUGGUGAAAAGGCAAUUUUCUCGAAUCUAGAAGCAUACUUCGAAACGGGAACACCGAUCACCCCAGUGAAUAAGCCACUUAGAGCUGUCAAACAGAAGCAAUAA